UUGUCAACUCAAGUAAAUUUUAUUUAUUUCAUAAUAAUAAAAAAACACAUUUGUUGACUGACUUCUCUUCACUCACGUUCAUAAUAUUCAUAUACUGUGGAUCCAGAAUACAGUGAUUAAAUUUAAAAACUUUAUUUAAAUCGUGUAAUUUCAUAAAAAUAUUACGUCCAAAAUGGAAGGUUUGGGCUCCGAAGUUGGAAAUAAAAUGAGGAGUGCUGUAAAAGCAAAACUCAUUGAGUUGGGUUCAGGCACUGCCGGAUACAUUGAUGAUGAGUUGCCCGAUUAUGUUAUGAUUAUGGUAGCAAAUAAGCGAUCGAAAGACCAAAUGAUUGGCGAUUUAAGUUUGUUUUUAGGAAAGAACACAGACACCUUUGUCAGUUGGUUGCAUCAAGUGUUGGAAAAAUUGGAAGAAGUCACACUGCCAUCGAACGUUCAAAAGUCAUCGACAGAUAAACGUGACAAAAAGUUAAAACCAAAGAAACGUGGUGCAAAAGAUAAAACACCAGAUAAAUCGCCGGUGCGAUCAACGACACCACCACUUCAAAAUCCAGCGACAACUUCAAUUACCGACGUAUUUGCCGAUCAUUUAAUUCAAAAAGCGAAAAAAGUGAUUGAACCACCGCUGAGCGUUAAGAAGGCGGAACGAAAUGGCGGCAGCACUGGUGAUGGUUUUGAUAUUCCAACAAUUUCAGAGAUUGCCAAGAAGGCGGUUGGUGCUGUUGUUUGUCGCAAAGAAAUCACCGAAUUGGCCGAACUACAAAAGAAAAUCGAUCAAGCAAAACGACAACUACGUCACAUGACCGAUGAAUCAGAGGAUGAAGAUUUUCUCAAUUUAGGAGCUGACAAAAUGGAUUUCGAUGCUGAAUUGGUAAAUAACAGUAAAGAAACUGCCACAAGCAAUGAAUCGAGUGAAACCAUCGUAUCGAAGGCGCAUGAUGGGAAAAUACAUCAGAAAAUAACAUUCGACCAAAAACAACCGGACAAAGAGUCACCGUCGAAAAAAGGUUCGGUUUUAAAUCGCCUUGGAACAAGAGAUGAGGCUGAUAUGGAAAAAAGCGAAAAGACAGAACGAAAUAAGAACAUAAUAAGUUUGUCUGCACAUCGUCGAAUGGAGCAAGCGAUUUAUGUUCCGGCACAUCGUCGAACCGCCGAACAGUCGGGCAUUUCAAAGAGAUCGGAUACGGAUAAAGUGCGUGAACGAAGCCCACUCCGAAAUUCGGAUUCAAGACGUGGCUCAGCACGAGGAGACAGCCGAUUGCCCAGAGAUAGUCAAACGAGACGGCCGCGUGAUGCAAAAGAACCAAGAGAUUUACGCGAACGAGUAAGACAAAGAGAACGUGACAUUGAACAACGCGGAAGUCGAACAAAUCGAGACACAACACGUGAAGUUAAUCGAAAUGAAGAGAAACCAUCGAUUAACAAUCGAAUCGGUUCUCGUGUGAUUGUUGCACCGCCCAAACCGGAAUAUGUUGAAGAUGAAAUUGAGGUACCCGUUAAUUCCGUGGUUAAAGUGAAACCAAGACCAUUGAUACCGAGAAGUAAACAAGCCAGUAAAAAUCUAUUAUUGCGUGCUGUGGCUGAGGCCCAAAAAUCAACAGCACUUGCAACCAAACCAGUGGCACGUGAAUUCAAGGACACCGAACGAAAUACGAAGGAAUUGUAUACGAAAUCGUUUCGUAAUAAGUUGCAAAAGGGAAAUAUUGUGGUUGAAAUUGCCGGUGACGAUGAAUUGGAAACAGUUGAAGUCGUUGAAAAUGAAAAUGCCGGUACAGUGGAAGACGAAGAAUAUGUACCGGUUAAAACUGAUUCAAUCGAUGAAGAUGCCUUUGUUUACAUACCACAAGCAAUUCACAGUGAUGGAUCAAAAGACGGCAAUGGCCCAAAGACACAGUUCGUCGUCACAUUGGAUUCAUUAGGUUUUCCGGCAAAGAAAAAAAUCCCACAAAACGAUAGUCCGCGCAUGAAUCCAGAUUCAAAGAUGGAUGAACGCAAGAGAACGCCAAUAUCAAGUCGAAUAGGUAGACGAUCAGCAGAGACAGAAAAUGAGAUGGAAUUGCGUAAAGCGGUUGAAAAUAGCAGUAACAUGUCAUCGAAAGCAUUAAAACGCAAACGAACGCCCAUAAAAUUUGACAUGAAUGAUCGUGAGACUGAAGCCGAUUCAGAGCCAGUGAAAAAACGACGAUCAAGAAGUGUUGAACGUAAAAGCAGCGAAAAGGAGCACAGAAAGAGUGCAGAGCAUGAGAACAGUCGCCGACAAGAUAAUCGCAGUAAAUCACGCGAACGUGAUCGUGAAAAUAAUGAAUUCACAUCCAAAAUGCGAACAUUGAAGACAAACAGCCAAAAUAAAUACGAUAAUCUGCCACCACUUUCCAGUGCCAUUACGGUGACAUCCAAUGAUACCAAAUUAUCCAAAAAAGAUCGGUGCAAAUUCUAUCCAUCGUGUACACGAGGUGAACGAUGUGAAUACUAUCACCCGACAACUCCGUGCAAAGCCUUCCCAAAUUGCAAAUACGGUGACGUUUGUCUCUACAUUCAUCCAAAGUGUAAAUUCGAUUUAACAUGCUCUCGACUCGACUGCAAUUUUACACAUACGCCAGUCAUGAGCGCUGCACCUCCUUUAGCUUCACACGUUGUGCCUGUAACCAAUUAUAAGAAAAUUGUAACAACUCCUCUGCCCACACUAUGUCGUUUCUAUCCGAAUUGUUCAAAUACAUUGUGCGAAUUUUACCAUCCAAAACCGUGCAAAUUUGGUAAAAGCUGUACCAAUAAAGUCGAGUGCAACUUUUAUCACUUUGAUUUACCCAUACCGAUAAAUCACACAUCAAUGCCAUCGAAAAAUAAAUUGAAAUGGGUUGCCUCAGCCGUUUAAGAAGCAAUCAAAUGCUACAACUGACUACUGGAUUUAUAGAAUUUAUUUAGAAAGAAGAAGAAAAAUUGUUUUUAUUUAUCAUCUUAUGUAUUUGUGGGUUUACUAUUAGUUUAGAUUUGAUUUUUAUUUAAUAUUCAAAGAUUGUAAUUGAUAUCAUUUUCAAAAGAAGAUUAAAAAAUAAGAAAAUCGAAUCUUUUCACCCAGCAUGUAUCGAUCUAUUCCUUCUAAAAUAAUAAAUGAAUUUUAAAUCAUGCCGUAGAGACUCUAUAACGCUAUAUCAUGCCACCUUCAAUGUUACAUUCAGAAUGUAUUGCAUUUUAUGGCUUAGGCACAAUAAUUUUAUUUUUAUCAGCUAAACAAGAAAUAAAAUGAAUCAAUUUUUAAUUUAUAUAAAAACCUAAAACCAUUUAUAUCAUCAAUAAACUGAAAUACUUAUUUCAAUAUAUAAAACUAA